AUGGAAAUUAAAUGUGGUGAAAAUUUUUCAGAACUUCUAGAUGAUAUUGCUCGAUAUGGUUCUGGCUGGGGGACGGAAGGUUCUGGCGUUGUUCCAUGUGAAGACAUGAACUGUCCUCCGGGCUCAGUUUGUGAACUCGGAACAAUAAUAUGCCCCUUUGAGCCACCUUGUUUCACUUUUCCCACCAGAUGUGUGCCAUACCAAGCUCCGUGCGGCAUAUCGUUUAUGUUCAAAGGUGGUGAAUUUUCGGGAUCAGGUGAAGAAGAGGGCUCGGGAUCAGGCUCAGGAGAAUGUCCUGUGGGAUUGGAGAGCGCUAAAUGUGGAAAUGUUUGCUUUGAAGACUGCGAAAUUGUGAGUUUCCGCCUGAUGAACUAA